AUGGGGAAGCGGUUUAGUGAGUCUGCAGCGAAAAAGAUAGCAGGGCAGGCCAGAAAGCGGGAGCAAGCUGCCACAAAGGAGAGAGCUGAGCGCGAGCGGCUGGAAGCUGAGGAGGCAUCGAAGUGGGAAGAAGGUUCGCGACAAGCCAAUGCGCGUAAGCUGCAGGAGGAACAGAAGCGCCUAGAGAAAUUGAAGGCCAAACAGGAGCGCGAAGCGCUGCUGGCGGCCGAGGAGGAAGCUCUUGGCAAGGGCGGUAAGGGAAAAAAGUCGACACGCAAGUAA